GACAACACCCGAGGAGAGCAGCCCUGGCUCUGCAGACUGACACCUUUGUCAGUGGCAAAGUGGGAUUUGGAGCCUCAACAAUCCCUUACGGCCGCAGCAGCUAUUUAACAAAAAGGGAAAGAAAAAAAAGAGUCGUAAGAGUAAAGUGGAAAACCGAGGCUUUUCGCGUUCGCACUGUUGCAAUAACAUGAGCACGUCAUGCCCGCCUGUGAAGUAGACGGCGUUGUCUGCAAAUUUUGUACAAGAUGAGCAGUGUCAGUAGGCGAGAGAGGGAGCAAAGGAGGAAGCUGCAGCACUUUCUGACUGACCUGGCUCUGCUGGGAUCAUUGCAGGGUUUUAAAUACUUCCAGCCUUGGCUUCGAGGGAAAGAGGAGCUGCUGCUCACUGUCGUUAACGAGGACUUGGGUUGGCGCUCCCCGGGCUUCGCUGUGUCCAGAGCGUCCUCGUACUCGUCCACCAGCAGCUGUAACAGCAGCGAUGUGUCUCCCAGCAGCAGCUCUCCCAGCCUGGCCAGCGGCACCAGCUCUCCUCUGCCUGGGGAGCCACCGGGGCCACGAGGCUCGCAUACGCACACACACACCAAGACUGGCAGGGGCCCUAGUAGUGAGGAGCAUCUCCUCCCAGCAUCCCCCAGUGAAAGAGAGAUAGCAGUGCCUGAAGUGAAUUGCACUCUGUUUUUAUUGGCCGGCUACGCCAAGUACGGCCGUCCCUACGCCUGGAUACGUUCCAAUCACGAGCGCCUGGUCAAUAUCGGAGGCACCGAUUCGAUGGUUAAGGACACGCCCAUGAAGCUCAAGUCCAUCACAGACUGGCAAACGCAAGGAGUCCGUGUGUGGGACAUUGUCAGCGAGCUUGUGUGCCUGUGCACCAUUCCCUCUCCCUCCAACCCCUUCGCCCUGGACAUGCGUUACGUCAAAAACCUUCCCCUGCCUGAGCGCUUCCUCGUCACGGGAGCUCUCCUGAACUUCCUGGAGAUGUAUGUGGUUUACGGCAACCGAGACGAGCUGCACUAUGAAAAAGUGGUAGAGGAGGUGAAGCCUCUGAGGCGCCUCCAUGCCCAGUCGCUGCUGGAGCUACAGAGGCUCAGAGGGAGCACCACACCGAGCAGCGAUCCCACAAUGCAGCACUCUCCCGGAGCAGAGUGACCCGCCGACGGCCCUCGGCGGCGGACGUCCUCCUGUGCUCUUCAUCAACACGACAUGGUGUCAGUGCUCUCUUCUCACUUAUUAAAAACUGCCAGUCGACAAGAUCCGUUACGUAACACAGAUUCAAAUACGUGUGUGUUGGAGGGACUGCCUGGAAUCUGAUAAACGGCUGUUAUGUGAUUGUGAUUUUGGUUUGUUUGCAUUUUUAUGUUGUGUUCCACGGUUUUAUAACACUGAAUAACAUCAUUAUUGUGCGCAUAUGUGACAUGUUUUGAUUUGCGUCAGCACAGCAUCUAAAGCAAGUGGCGGUGGGUGGAAGGUAACAGUCACAUGUAUCGAGACUGCUGAAAUGUGAAAACAGUUUGAACUGCCCUGGGAAACGAGUCACAUGACUUUGAGAUUAAAAAUCCCAGGACCUCUCUGAAUUUCUUGACCUGCCACCCUAAACCCUUCCGUCUCUUUCUCUUACUCACAAACACACACACACACACUGAGGAAUUCUGUUUUC